AUGGAAGCUGUGAACAAUGGGAAAGGGAAGGUCUUCUUCUUAUAUGGAUACGGUGGGACUGGAAAGACAUUUGUCUGGAAGACACUAGCCGCUGCAAUUAGAUCAAAAGGAAAGAUUGUUAUCACGGUUGCAUCAAGCGGGAUAACAUCCUUAUUGUUACCAGGUGGUAGAACGGCACACUCACGUUUUGCAAUCCCACCAAACCUUGAUGAAUUUUCAACAUGCAACAUAAAGCAAGGCAGUGCAUUGGCUGAGUUGAUAAUAAAGACUCGGUUAAUAAUAUGGGAUGAAGCUCCUAUGGUUAAUAAACAUUGCAUUGAGGCGCUUGAUAGGACAAUGAGGAAUAUCUUGAGGUUUAGUAAUCUAAAUAGUCAAAAUCAGCCAUUCGGAGGAAAGACAAUUGUAUUCGGUGGGAAUUUUUGGCAGAUACUUCCUGUUAUUCCCAAAGGUAGUAGGCAAGAUAUUGUACAUGCAACGAUAAAUUCAUCUUACAUUUGGAAGAGCUACAAGUUACUUACUUUGUCAAAGAACAUGCGUCUGAAAGCUACACAUGAUGAUGAAAAAAUAGAAGACUUAAGGGAAUUUGCAGAAUGGAUUCGAAAGAUCGGUGUUGGGAACUAUGACACUCAGAAGGAUGGUGUUAACAAAGUCAAAAUCCCAGAUGAUAUCAUGAUAAAGGAUUGGGAUGACCCCAUUGUAGCUAUUUGCAAAGCAAUAUAUCCAGAUUUGUUUGAUGGGACAAACUAUCUAUCUAACAUUCAAGAUCGGGCCAUACUUGCACCCACACUGCAUAUUGUUGAUGAAAUCAAUAAUUAUAUGAUGAGUUUGAACCAAACCGAGGCGCAAACCUUUUAUAGCUCAGACAAAGCAUGCGAAACAGAACCUGCUAAUGAUAUCUCUGCAUCAAUUCACACACCUGAGUUCCUAAACACGAUUAAAUGCUCUUUGGUGCCAAACCAUGAAUUGACACUCAAGGUUGGGACACCUAUAAUGUUACUUCGUAACAUUGACCACUCGGUUGGGUUAUGUAAUGGCACUCGCUUAGUCAUAACCAAACUUGGUAAACACGUAUUAGAAGCAAGGAGCCUAUCAGGAGCAAACAGUGGCCAAAAGGUUUUCAUCCCAAGAAUGACUUUAACCCCAUCUGAUCACAUGAUACCUUUCAAGUUUCAACGUAGACAAAUUCCUAUAAUGGUAUCAUAUGCGAUGACCAUUAAUAAAAGUAAAAAAUCAUUGUCUAAAGUUGGGUUGAUCCUAAAAAAACCCGUCUUUAUACAUGGUCAGUUAUAUGUUGCAGUAUCUAGAGUUACAAAUAGAGCUGGGUUGAAAAUAUUGAUAUGCCACGCGGAGAAUAACUGCACAGAAAUGGACAACGUGGUAUAUAAAGAAGUGUUUAGGAAUGUUGGUUAG